AUGAACAACUUUAGUAAUGAAGAGUUUGACUGCAAUUUCUUGGAUGAAGGCUUUACUGCCAAGGACAUCCGGGACCAAAAUGAAGUUUCUUCUUUUGACGGUAAGGAUACCUUCUAUGUUGCAGACCUGGGAGGCAUUCUAAAGAAACAUCUGAGAUGGUUUAAAGCUCUUCCUCGGGUCACCCCCUUUUAUGUAGUCAAAUGCAGUGAUAGCAGAACCAUAGUGAAGACCCUAGCUGCCACAGGGACAGGAUUUGACUAUGCCAGCAAGACUGAAAUCCAGUUGGUGCAGAGUUUCGGGGUGCCUCCGAAGAGGAUUAUCUAUGCAAAUCCUUGUGAACAAGUGUCUCAGAUUAAAUACGCUGCCAAUAAUGGACCCGAGAUGAUGACUUUUGAUAGUGAAGUUGAGUUGAUGAAAGUUGCCAGGGCACAUCCAAAGGCCAAGUUGGUUUUGCAGAUUGCCACUGAUGAUUCCAAAGCAGUCUGUCGCCUCAGUGUCAAAUUUGAUGCCACACUCAAAACCAGCAGGCUUCUUUUGGAAUGGGCGAAAGAGCUAGAUAUUGAUGUCAUUGGUGUCAGCUUCCACGUGGGAGGUGGUUGUACUGAUCUGGAGAUCUUUGUGAAGGCCAUCUCUGAUGCCCACUGUGUCUUUGACAUGGGAGCUGAGGUUGGUUUUGACAUGUAUCUGCUUGAUAUUGGUGGUGGCUUUCCUGAAUCUGAGGAUGUAAAGCUUAAAUUUGAAGAGAUCACCAGUGUAAUCAACCCAGCGUUGGACAAGUAUUUUCCAUCAGACUCUGGAGUGAGAAUCAUAGCUGAGCCGGGCAAAUACUACGUUGAAUCAGCUUUCAUGCUAGCAGUUAAUAUCAUUGCCAAAAAACUCGUAUUAAAGGAAAAAACAGGCUCUGAUGAUGAAGAUGAGUCAAGUGAACAGACAUUUAUGUAUUAUGUGAAUGAUGGAGUAUAUGGAUCAUUCAACUGCAUCCUCUACGAAAAUGCACACGUGAAGCCUCUUCUGCAGAAGAGACCCAAACCAGAUGAGAAGUAUUAUUCAUCCAGCAUCUCGGGACAGACCUGUGAUGGCCUGGAUUGCCUGGUUGAGCACUGUAACUUGCCCGAGAUGCAUGUGGGCAAUUGGAUGCUCUUUGAGAACAUGGGUGCUUACACUGUCGCUGCUGCUUCCACUUUCAGUGGAUUCCAGAGACCGACCAUCUACUAUGUGAUGUCAGGGCCAACAUGGCAUCUGAUGCAGCAAAUCCAGAACCACGAUUUCCCACCCAGCAUAGAGGAGCAGGAUGUUGGCACUGUGCCUGUGUCAUGUGCUUGGGAGAGUGGAAUGAAAUGGCACCCAGCAGCCUGUGCUUCAGCUCCUAUUAAUGUGUAG